CUGGUAGCUAUUUGUCUGACCAGGCCACACCAUUCAACUGGCAAGUUUCUGCGAAUUGUUUACAUCGCCGACGGCUGAUAAGGAUCAAGACAACAAGUUUUUUUUACAAUAUUUUUCCAGGUGUUUUUGGAGAUGCAUUAUGGAGAAAGAAAACGAGUUUAUCGAAUAAAGCGAAAACAAUAUUAUAACAGAGAACAAAUUACAUCAUUGAUGCGACUUAUCCCUACUAUCAGAUCAGUAUCGCUGUAAAAUCGAGUUCUUAAUUGAUCGGUUUGUGAAUUCUUUACGUUUCAACAUGUCAUCGAGUAAUUGUAACACUGUGAGUACAUUUGACGAACUACAAUGUAACUCCAAAGUUCGAGUCCAUAAAGUGAAUUAUACCUGGACGAUUGAUAAUUUCGAUUUCUGUGAAGCCGAAGGGAGCGAUUUAUUUUCUCCUGAAUUCUCAGCUUCCUCGAGUGAAGAAAUUAAUUGGAAAUUGAAGCUAUACCCUAAUGGUUUUACAGCUGCCAAAGAUACAAUUUCUUUCUUUUUGGACAUCUGCGGUAAUGUGACUGAGAAAGUGUUCGCAAAAUUCGAAGUCUCCGCGUUGGAUUUUCAAAAGAAGAAGCGAUGUACCCUUAAGGCUGCAGUAAAAGAAUUUGGUUUAGAUGGUGUACAUGAUUGGGGCUUUAAACCAUUUCUGAAGAAAAAUAACGAUUAUUUUAAAACCAAAUUAUUAAUCGAUAAUAAAUUAACGAUCUACUGCGAAAUUAUUUUUUCCAAAGUAUGCGAUGCCGUCACUUCAAAUCAAUGGAAACAAUCGCUAAUAUAUCCGAAUGCUUCUGCUUGUGAUCUUUCUGAUGAUUUCGGACAAUUACUGGAGCAUCGUAAGUUAGCUGAUGUCAUACUUUCAGUGAAUGGUCAAGAGUUUCCAGCUCACAAGAAUAUUUUGACAGCACGUAGCCCAGUUUUCGCUGCUAUGUUUGCUCAUAACGCGAAAGAAAACAAAGAAAAUCGCGUUUGUAUUGAUGAUAUGAAUGAAAAGGUAGUAGGCGACAUGCUGCGAUUCAUAUACACGGGAAAAUGUGAAAAUUUACGUGAACUAGCGACUGGUUUAUUAGUAGCGGCUGAUAAAUACGAUUUAGAUCGUUUGAAAAUGAUUUGUGCGAAUGAAUUGUACGAGACUUUAUCGGUGGAAAAUGCUGCGAGUAUUUUGGCGUUAGCAGACAUGCACGGCGUUAAAGAACUUAGAAAUGCAGCGAUCAAGUUUAUCGUUUCUAAACCUACUGAAGUAUUGGAUACAGAAGGUUGGAAGAGAGUUCGAUCGAAUUUCGAGUUAGCCGAUGAAGUGUUCUCAACUUUAGCUCAGCAGUUGAAGUCGAAAGACUGAUCGAAUUUCAUUUUCUGUUUUUUAUGUUUAAAGUUGAGUCGUUUCUAAUAUUGUAAGCUGUCGAUAAAGUACAUACAUGUGCUUAUUGGCAGUGCGACGAUGAAUGUCAAACAAUUGACUGAAUUUUUCGCAAGAUUGAAUGAAUUUUAUGUACUUUAUUGGCGUAGGUAUCUCUAAAAUUAACUUGUAAACUAUGUAGGAAUUUUUUCAGUUUUGUAUUUGGUUGUAUUCCGUUUUUAUAGAUUCGUAUUGGUAGGUAUUUUCUAUUAAUCGAAGCCGUAGAAAUUAUUACAUUAUUAUUUGUAUACCUACUUAAUAUUUUAUUCCCAAUAAAUUUUGUAAAAUAAGUACUUACAGAGUUUCGUUUUAUUUUUAAAAUUUUUUGCAAUAAAAAUUAAAAAUCGAAA